CCUGCUGCCUGAGUGGGAGGAGCUCCAGAGCUCAUUAAGGAAAGCCAGCUCACCUAUGUGAGCCCUUUAAAAAGGACAAUGGAGCUGGCUGCCGGCUGCAUAUCUUCACCACAUGAACAGCAACCCGCACAGACCCGUACAGCCAUUAGCGUGUUUCCCGGAGUUCUGACGCCGCUGAAGCAUCACCGGCACCGGGGACGGUUAAACGGACUCUUCGAACCCUCUGACUGGAAGCAGGUUCCCUCAGCAGCCCCCCAUCCCUCGCAGCGUGACCGUGAAUCCCUGAAACACUCAGACGACGUCAUCAAACAGGUCGAGUUGGAGCUCGUGUUUCUCGACACCAGCAGUGUCUGCCCUCCAGGGAGGGGGACGAAGCGGACGCCAUGAGUUCGUGCAGCACCGAUGUUAAGGAAAACCGCAACCUGGACAACCUCUUCUGCAAAGAGGAGGUUGACCCCGAGGCGGCUCACGUCCCCAACAGGAGCCCCGGUCGUGGGAAGAAGCGUCCCUUAGAGGAUGGCAACAAUGGACACACGCACUCCAAGUACAAGCCCAAGAAGCGUAAAAAAGUGUCCGGGCCCAUCCUCCCAAAGAAUGGCCUGAUGCAGCUGAACGAGAUCAAGCCCGGGCUGCAGUACAAGCUGCUGUCUCAGACCGGGCCGGUCCACGCGCCCGUCUUCGUCAUGACCGUGGAGGUGAAUGGACAACUCUUCGAAGGAUCCGGUCCCACCAAGAAGAAGGCCAAGCUGAAUGCGGCCGAGAAGGCUCUGCGGUCGUUUGUCCAGUUCCCCAACGCCUCUGAGGCCCACAUGGCGAUGGGCCGGACUCUAUCGGUCCACACUGACUUCACCUCAGACCAGGCUGACUUCCCGGACAUGCUCUUUAACGCCUUCGAGACAUCAGCACCUGUGGACGACCCGUUUUACCUCUCACCCGGCAGCAAUGGUUCCUUCUGCUCACUGGGUAUGGAGUACCCGCUGCUCCCCUCAACCAUUCCUAACCUGGUCCAGGCCCCCUUACCUCCAACCCCCUCCCCCUCUAUGCCCCCGACCAGCGGCAAGAAUCCUGUCAUGCUCCUGAACGAGAUGUGGCCGGGCCUGAAGUAUGACUUUGUCUCGGAGAGCGGGGACGGCCACGCCAAGAACUUCGUCAUGUCGGUGAGGGUGGACUCGCAGAACUUCCAGGGAUCCGGACGGAACAAGAAGCUGGCCAAGGCCCGGGCUGCCCAUGCCGCCGUGUUCGCUCUGUUCAACAUGCAGCUGGAUCAGGCUCCGUCGAGACAGCCCAUACCCCGAGAGGGACUGCAGCUCCACCUGCCACAGGUCCUGGCAGACACCGUCUCCCGUCUGGUCGUGGACAAGUUCAGCGAGCUGACGGAGAACUUCACGACCCCUAACGCCCGGCGGAAAGUUCUGGCUGGAGUCGUCAUGACAACAGGUGCAGCCGUGAAGCAGAUGGAGGUGAUCUGCGUCUCCACGGGGACUAAGUGUAUAAACGGUGAAUAUAUUAGCGACAGAGGUUUGGCCCUGAACGACUGUCACGCUGAGAUCGUGGCUCGCCGCUCGCUCAUCCGGUUCCUGUACACACAGCUGGAGCACUUCCUCAGUAACAACGAGGAGGAGCAACAGAAGUCCAUCUUCACCCGCUGCAACAACAGACAAGGCUUCCAGCUGAAGGAGCACGUGCAGUUCCACCUGUACAUCAGCACCUCGCCCUGCGGAGACGCCCGCAUCUUCUCCCCUCACGAAGCUGACAUGGAGGAUCAGGGCGAUCGACACCCGAACAGGAAGGCCCGCGGUCAGCUGCGAACCAAGAUCGAGUCCGGUGAAGGGACCAUCCCGGUCCGGUCCAGCAACACCAUCCAGACGUGGGACGGUGUUCUGCAGGGGGAGAGGCUGCUCACCAUGUCCUGCAGCGACAAGAUUGCCAGGUGGAAUGUGGUGGGGUUCCAGGGCUCUCUGAUGUGCUACUUCACCGAGCCGCUCUACUUCUCCAGCAUCAUCCUGGGCAGCCUGUACCACGCGGACCACCUCUCCAGAGCCAUGUACCAGAGGAUCACUGAGAUCCAGGACUUGCCGCAGUUCUACAGCCUCAACAAACCUCUGCUGAGCGGAAUCAGUAACGCAGAAGCUCGUCAGCCGGGGAAAGCUCCAAACAUCAGCGUGAACUGGACUGUGGGGGAUGAGGGUCUGGAGGUGAUCAACGCCACCACAGGGAAAGACGACCUGGGUCGACCGUCCAGACUCUGCAAACACGUUCUGUACAGCCGCUGGAUGCGUCUGCGCUGCAAGCUCUCCUCCACCCUACGGAUCCAGACGCCGAUGCCCAGCAGCUACCACGAGGCCAAGCAGGUGGCGGUGGAGUACCAUAGCUCCAAGCAUUCCCUGUUCAGAGCCUUCCACAAAGCCGGACUCGGAGCCUGGGUGAAGAAACCCAUCGAGCAGGACCAGUUCGCUCUCUACAUCUGAGGGACACUCCUGCAGGUGGUUUUCCUCUGGACCAGGUAAGCUGGAGGACCAGACUCUGCAGGUUAAACCCUCCUUCAGUUCUCGAACCUCGUGCUCCUCUUCCUCUCAGCCAGCACUCAAAGACGGGACUCAGUUAUGCAACUUUUUACAGCGGAGACAUUUACAGAGACUCUGAAGAAAAACUCACUCAGCAUGUUGGAUUAACAACCCGUCUCUGUGCUCAGAUUAUCUGUUCAGAUUAUCUGUGUUCAGAUUAUCUGUGUUCAGAUUAUCCAUUCAGAUGAUCUGUUCAGAUUAUCUGUGCUCGGAUUAUCUAUUUUAGAUUAUCUGUUCAUAUUAUCUGUAUUCAGAUUAUUUCAGAUUAUCUAUGUGAGGAUGUAUGAGAGUCUGUCGUUUCUGCUGCAGUACUGUCACACACUCAGACGCUCUGUAGCCCCGCCCCUCUUUCUAACAGGGAGUGCACGAGCACACAUCAAUUAGGGGCGUGCACACAGCGCUGCAGGAGCCUCAUUGGUCCACAGAGCUGUCAAUCAUGAUGUCAUACCCCCUCUUUUUAUAUCAUCAAAUAACUAAUUCAGAGUAAAAUAGUAAGAAACAUGAACACUGACAUAAGUCAGCAUGAUAAGGACUAACUAUAAUGACAGAAACCCAAAGUCCCAUCUGUUAACAUUGAGGAGGCGGGGCUUAUGAGCUACACUGCAGACAGUCUGCAGCAGGAGCUCUAAGUGUUCAUGCUUCACUUUUAGGGAGCUGUCAUGUCAUCCAUGUAUUAGUACAGUCUACCACCUGACGUUAGAGAAAGCUGGCGGCCAUGUAGAUCUGCUGAUGGCGGGUCGGUCCAGGUCGGUGCUUCAGCCUCGCAGUCUGAGGUCUCUUCCUCCAUCUGGACGACACGCAGGAGCAGCAGUGUGGACAGAAACGACAGAGAGCUCUCUUCACGUCUCCUCCGGGUCACCAAAGAUGAUGUCAGCGUCCGUCAGACUUUGAUCCUGUCUGUUUAUUUCUCUUCCUCCGUAAACCUCGUCAGCGAUCAGGUCAUGUCCUCACUGUGAAGGUCACCAGGAUGUCCUCACACACAGGGUUUACUUACUUUAUUGUCUUCUCAUGGACUCUUCUGUUUGUGUUCCUGAGGAUGUUUCUGAGCAUGUGCAGACCUGUUCCUGUACCAGACUUGUUUUUGUUUCAAAGUGAGCGUGUGGAUGGAGAAGAGUCGGGGUCAUGCAUUAGUUAUUGAUUUGCACCCUGAGUUAAAGCAGGACCCGUGAGGCCUGCUGCAUGACCUCCUCCUGUAAAGCAUGAACAUAUAAACCUGUAGAAACUGUCACGUCACUGAGUGCAGCUUUAAUAAAAGUCGCUGUGAGAAGAG